AUGGCCUCCAGCACCGUCGAUCCCAAGGCAGAAGCUGGUAUCGAGGUCCAGUCCAGGUUGAGACGCUUUGUUGCUCUUUUCUGGGACACACUGGAUGGACCUCCUAGGGAUCGACGCUAUGUCCAGAAGCUAGACACAUUCAUGUUUUCGUAUAUCUGUCUUGGAUAUUUCAUCAAGUACCUAGAUCAGACGAAUAUUAGCAAUGCCUUCGUGAGCGGCAUGCAAGAAGAUCUUCAAUUAUAUGGCAACGAAAGGAACUGGCUGACCACCUACUUCAACAUCGGAAUCAUCAUCGGCACAGUGCCCUCACAGAUGAUCCAGCUUAAGUUCUUGCGCCCGUCCAUAUGGAUUCCGGCCUGCGAAGUGGUAUGGACCAGCCUGGUGAUGUGUAUGGCUGCCGCAAAGAAUGUCGAGACGCUUUACGCCCUUCGUUUCUUUGUAGGAUUGGCUGAAGCAUGCGCUUUUCCGGGAUACGCCGCACUGCUCGGUGGAUGGUAUGGUCCCACGGAGCUGAGCAAGCGCGUGGCCAUCUUCGAGCAGACGAGUGCUAUAUCCAGUAUGUUCUCUGGGUAUCUCCAGGCUGCCUUAUACAAAGGCAUGAAUGGGCGCUUGGGGUUGAAAGGCUGGCAGUGGUUGUUCAUAUUUGACGGAGUGAUCUCCAUGCCCAUUGCAGUCUGGGGAUUCUUCGCGAUUCCUGAUCUUCCACACACCACGAGGGCCUUUUACUGGAAAGGCGACGACAAGCGCUACGGUGUCGAACGCGCUGAGCGGAUCGGCCGGAAACCACCCCAGAAGUUGACGUUGUCCGUCAUUCGACAUGUAUACACCGACUGGAGGCUGUGGAUCUUUAUUCUGCCGUACUUGAUGGUCGCCCUCGCUGGGAACGGGACGAACUAUUUCAACCUGUACCUAAAGGCCGAAGGAUACAGCGUUGUGCAGACUAACGUUCUUCCGACGGCUGGCAAUGCGUUAAGCGUGGUAGCUGCAUUGUCGUUUGGUAUUGCUGCUGAUUACACCGGCCAGCGGUUGGGAUUGAGUAUUCUCGUCCAGCUUAUAGUCAUGGUGUCGAACAUCAUCUUGUCCGUCUGGAAUGUGCCGAAGCCAGCGCUGUUAGCAGCCUUCUAUCUGAGCUAUGCGGGAGCUGCAGCGCAGCCUAUCGUUAUUGCAUGGGGUCACCAUCUGAAUGCUGGAGACCCAAACUUGAGACAGUUGCUUGUUGCUACUGGCAACAUCUUCACUUACACAUUGCUAGCAGUGUUACCUCUUGUGCUUUUCCCGACGUACGAUGCUCCCAAAUACAAAUACGGUUACCAGAUAUUGAUAUUGUUCGGCGGUCUCGCUAUUGCUGGCGUAGUGCUCCUGAAGUACUCGCAUAAGCGCUGGGGUUCAUAG